AUGCAGACCGUUCUCGCUCUCACUGCCUUGGCCGCUGUUGCCUUCGCCGGCGUCGCUCCUCACGUAGCCAGAACCGUUCCCGCCGGAUGCUCCACCAACUAUGAUGGAAAGUUCCAGGUCACCAUCCUGAACGGCUCCUCUGUCGUGACCAAGCGCGAGCUUGCCAAGCGCGCAUCUUCGGACACAUGCGGUCAACCUGGACUCCUGACCUCCACCCUCAAGGAUGGCAUCUUGACCGAUAGCGAGGGCCGCAUCGGUAACAUCGUUUCCAACCGUCAAUUCCAGUACGACCCGGCCCCAGGACAGACCGGAGCCGUCUACACUGACGGAUUCUCAAUCUGCUCCAACGGAUCCUUGGCCAGCAAGGCUGGGUCCACCGUCUUCUACUCCUGCAAGUCUGGCGACUUCGCCAACUUGUACGAUCAGAGCAUCGCUCCUUACUGCCUGCCCGUCUUCAUUGAUGUCAUGCCCUGCGGAACCUCCUCUCCAGGUGCCACCGUCUCUCAGCAAAAGGAUGGACAGCCAACCGCAACUGGCUCCGUCGCCCCUGUAACCCAGAUCACCGAUGGCCAGGCUCAAGUCCCAACCUCUGUGCCGCCUGUCACUCAGAUCAACGAUGGACAGGUGCAAGCACCCACCAAGGCUCCUCCUGCCCCACCAGCCGUCACACAAAUAACCGACGGCCAGCUCCAAGUACCCACAGCCGGCAUUCCAGUCACCCAGAUCAGCGACGGACAGGUACAAGUCCCAACCGCCGUCACCUCUCAGCGUUUGCCUGCAGUUUCGCAGAUCCCCGACGGGCAGCUCCAGAGCAACGUCUCCACCAACGCGACUAAGCCCCCCAUGCCCAUCAGCUCUUCCGGAAACGGUCUUAUGGCCGGGUCCUUCAUGACCCUCGUGAUGGUCGUCGCCGCCAUGCUCUUCUUGUAG